UGCCAGACUACACCGUUCCUCCUCUUCCUUUACACUCCACCUGACUACAAUUCAAUCUUGUCUUCACAUUUCAGCGCCUCUGGCGGCUCACUCUACAACCUGUGCGCUUCUGUGUACAGCAACCUGUCCGGGCCGUUGCGUGCCCAUCUGUCCCAGCCACAUGGCACCUCUCUUCUCGCCAUGCCUUCAUCCAGACUCGGCAAGUCCUUCCCCGGACACCAUGGUCCGUUGCAGUUGCAUCGCAGUUCAAUCUGCUGUCCAGGCGCCGUGACUGGUCCCAGUGGCAACGUUGUCCUGCCCGCCUCGGCCUGCGGACAAAUCGGUUUCAACAGUCCGGCCGGAGUCGACUCCAGUGCUGUGGUGUCUCGAGAUCCGGCCGUUCUUUUGGCCGAAUUUCUGUGUCAUUACGACGAGAAGCGUGUCCCUGUUGCCAGGGCGGCCGAGGCCGACUGUACAGACGAGUCGGCCGCGAGUAAAGUGGCUCGACAGGGACGAGACGACUGUCAGGAUGACGUGAUUGACGACGAAGAAGACAAGGAGAAUGCUGCUAAAAUGCUGCAAGCGGCGUCGGUCACAGGCCGCCGUCUUCUUCCUCCGAAGGUCGGCGAAAAGGUACGCAUGACGUCGCCGGCUAACGACCCUCUGGCUGCCUGCUCUGCCACCCUUCUCACGCGACUUGCCGAGAGUUAUGUGGCUCGAAUCAUGAGCAAACUGCUCACUGCACUUCAUUUCAUGCACAAUGAAAUGCGCAUCAUCCACCUCGACAUCAAGGCAAGUCUCUACUGA